AUGUUUCAUAGCGGUUUUUAUUCCCAGUACGACAUUGUUGGUUAUUUGGAGGGCAAACCGGACGAUGCCAAGACCAUCAUCCUGGACGAGUUCCCCAUUACCAGCUUUACGGGUCUGCCGCUGCAGCGUUUUUACAACCUGCGCUGUUUGUCGGCUAACGCGUGCGGAUUGACCUCCGUUGUCGGAUUGCCACUGAUGCCGAACCUGACGUUCCUCCAGCUGAAUGACAACCGUCUCGGGUUCGCGGAGAACAACCCCCAGCUGGCGGCCCUGGCCCGGACCACGCCUAAUCUGAAGCGCCUGACGUUGGCCAAUAACGGCAUCAUCACUGUCCAACAGCUGGAACCACUGAAGAACCUGCCAGCCCUGCGGACCGUGGACCUCUACUCCAAUACCGUCACCAGAGCCCAUCAUCGGCAACUGGUUUUGGCGGUACCGCAGGUCGUGCGUUGGGAUGGUGACGGCGGGGACUUUGAGUGA